AUGAAACAACUUGCUCCCCAGAUGGCUCCGGCCUACAUUCCUAAGGACGUGGAGAGCGGAUGGUACGAGUGGUGGGAGGAGUCCGGCUUCUUCCGCCCCGCGUCAGACAUGGGCCGUCCCAUCCGCGGCCGGUCAUUUGUUAUCGUCUCUCCUCCACCUAAUGUUACUGGGCACCUGCAUAUUGGACACGCGUUAACCGGGGCAGUGCAGGAUGCGCUCAUCCGUUUCCACCGUAUGAAAGGUGAUGACACUUUGUAUCUUCCUGGCACGGACCACGCGGGUAUUGCGACGCAGGUUGUGGUGGAGAAACGUCUCAUGAAGGAGAGUGGAAAGUCGCGCCACGACGUUGGCCGCGAGGAAUUUUUGAAGCAAGUGUGGGUCUUCAAGGAGAACCACUGUGGUGUUAUAACUCGUCAGCUUCGGCGUAUUGGAUUGAGCCUGGACUGGUCCAGGGAGCGUUUCACAAUGGAUGAGCAAUGUGCCAAAGCUGUGGUCGAGGGCUUCGUGAAGCUUCAUGAAGAUGGCCUCAUUUACCGGGCGACACGGCUCAUCAACUGGUGCUGUUCGCUGCAAAGUGCAAUUUCCGAUCUUGAGGUUGUAUUUGAGGAUGUUCCGAAGAACGCGAAGCUCACGAUCCCGGGGUACGACAGGAAGGUUGACAUGGGUGUGCUUACCCACGUCGCCUACAAGUUUGCCGACAGCGAGGACGAAAUUAUCAUUGCAACAACUCGGCCGGAGACUAUUCUUGGAGAUACCGCUGUCGCUGUUCAUCCAGAUGAUGAGCGGUACAAGAAGUAUCACGGUAAGCGGCUAAAGUGCCCAUUCCGCGAUGAAACGAUUCCGCUAAUUCUUGAUCCUGUUCUGGUUGAUGUGAACUUCGGUACGGGUGCUGUGAAGAUAACACCGGCACAUGACCCAAACGAUUUCGAGGCGGGGCUGCGCCACAAUCUCUCGCAGUUGACGAUGAUGGAUCUUAAGGGGCACGUCACCACCGAGGGCCCCUUCAAGGGGAUGCACCGCUUUGAUUGCCGUCGUGAGAUUGUGAAGGAGUUGGAAAAGAUGGGACUCUUACGCGAAGUGGUCCCAUAUGAGUAUCGGGUUGGCCGUUGCAGUAGGACCGGUGACAUUGUUGAGCCGCUGUUGAUGCCUCAAUGGUUCGUGGACUGCACGGAGAUGGCUCGUAAGUCGGUGGAGGCCGUUCGUAACAAUGAACUGCGCUUGUAUCCACCAACGCAUCAGGUUGUAUGGUAUCAUUGGUUGGAGAACAUCAAACCGUGGUGUGUUUCACGUCAGCUGUGGUGGGGUCACCGCAUUCCCGCAUACAAGUGCACAGGUGCUGUCCCAUCUACGCACGAGGACCCGUGGGUUGUUGCACGCAAUUUGGAGGAGGCAAAGGCCAAGGCAAAAGAGAAGUUUAAUCUCAGUGAUGCGGAGGUUAGGGAGCUGGUUCUCGAGCAGGAUAGUGAUGUGCUUGACACAUGGUUCAGCUCCGCCAUGUGGCCUUUCUCCACCAUGGGUUGGCCGGCCGAAACGGGUGAUAUGCAGAGGUUCUUCCCUGGAAGUCUGAUGGAAACUGGUCACGACAUCCUAUUCUUCUGGGUUGCCCGCAUGGUUAUGACGUCACUCCACUUCACCGGUAAGCUUCCCUUCUCGGAGGUGUUUUUGCAUGCCAUGGUGCGUGACAAGAACGGUGAGAAGAUGAGCAAAUCGAAGGGAAAUGUGAUUGACCCGCUCUUCAUUAUAAGCGGCGUGUCUCUUGAAGCGCUUCAUGACACAGUGAGGUCGGGCAACCUUGACGAAAAGGAGGUUUCCAGAGCUCUGAAGUUGCAGAGGGAAACCUUUCCGAAUGGCAUCCCGGAGUGUGGCAGCGAUGCUCUGCGUUUCGGUCUCCUUUCCUACACUCAGUCUGGACGCAACGUUAACCUGGAUAUUGACCGCGUCGUUGCCUACAGGCAACUAUGCAACAAGCUAUGGAAUGCUGUGCGCUUUGUGCUAUAUCAUGCACUAGGAGAAGACUAUAAGCCGAAGGCGACCCUUGUCAAUUCUCAAAAGGUAGCGAGCCUGCCACUCGAAUGCCGGUGGAUCCUUUCCCGCCUUGAUGUGGCUGUGGAGGAAUGCACCCGUGGUUUUUCUGAGGGUACAUACGAUUUUGCACUUGCGACCAACGCCGUGUACCGCUUCUGGCUAUAUGAGCUCUGCGAUGUCUAUCUUGAGCUGACAAAGCCAACCAUCCAGGCGGGAGGUGAGAAGAAGGUGAUCGUGCAAGAUGUGCUUCUCCAUGUGGUAGAGGUGGCCCUCCGUCUGCUACAUCCGAUGAUGCCAUUCCUCACAGAGGAACUUUGGCACUAUCUACCAAACUAUGAAUCCUUUGGCGUCCAAAGUAUUGUGGUUGCCCCUUACCCCGAGGUGUCUGGUUGGCAAGACAGCCAAGUUGAGGAGCAGAUGAAACUGCUGAUGGAAACAGUUCAUAUUGUCCGCUCAACGAAAGCCUUUUACUCCCUCACCAACAAACACAAGCCAGACGUCUGGGUUACUGCUCGUGCUGCCGAAACAAGAGAAAUCGUCGAGUCACACAAGUUCAUGAUUGAAUCGCUUGGUGUUGUGGGCAGGGUCUCGGUUAUACCCCCUGAAGAGGAGGCAGCUGCGGUGCCGAAGGGCUGCGGUUUUGCAGUAGUAAACAAAGACCUGAGCAUUAACAUGAUGCUGCUUGGCUUCAUUGAUGUGCAGAAGGAGGUAGCAAAGCUCGAGAAACAGCUCGCCGGACUCCAGAAGCAGAUUGAGGGUGUCAAUAAGAAGAUAUCAAUGCCAGGUUAUGAAACCAAAGUGCCUGCUGAUGUGCGUGAGGCCAAUAAGGUUAAACUGGAGUCGCUUGUUGAGCAGGAGGCACAACUGACUGAGGGUUUAACAAAGAUGAAGAGUUUACUCUAA